CAAACUCUGCAAGCACAUUAAAAGUUGCGACAAGUCAAACGUCCGGUCUUCUUCUUCGCUCUCCUCUUCUGAAGAAACGGCGAUCUUAGACAGAGUAAAUAAUGUGUGGGAUUUUUGCGUAUUUGAACUAUGGAGUCGAUAGAGAGAGGAGCUACAUCCUUCAAGUUCUCUUCAAUGGACUCCGUCGGCUUGAAUACCGUGGUUAUGAUUCCGCCGGAAUUUCUAUUGAUGAUUCCGUAAGCGAUCGCAAAACCCCUCAAUCCUCUUCGACAUGUGCUCCUCUUCUUGUUUUUCGACAGGAAGGAAACAUCGAGUCUCUAGUCAAAUCUGUUUACCAAGAGGUUGCUACAAUAAAUUUAAAUUUGGAAGAAUCUUUCUCUGUCCAUGCUGGAAUUGCGCACACCAGGUGGGCUACUCAUGGAGAGCCAGCUCAAAGGAAUAGUCAUCCCCAGACAUCAGGACCUGGAAAUGAAUUUUUGGUUGUUCACAAUGGGGUUAUUACUAAUUAUGAGGUUUUAAAGGAAACACUAGUUCGACAUGGGUUCACCUUUGAAUCAGAGACAGACACUGAAGUAAUAGCAAAGCUUGCAAAAUUUGUUUUUGAUAAAGCAAAUGAAGAAGGCGACCAGACUGUCACAUUUAGUCAAGUUGUUCUUGAAGUUAUGAGACAUCUCGAAGGAGCCUAUGCUCUUAUUUUCAAAAGCCGGCACUAUCCAAGUGAGUUGAUAGCAUGCAAGCGUGGUAGUCCGUUGCUCUUAGGUGUCAAAGAAUUAAAUGAAGAUGGGAGUAACAGAUCGGCAUUUCAUGAUGCAAAAUUAGUCUCGAAAAAUGGGAAUCCCAAAGAACUUUUUCUUGCCAGCGAUGCCAAUGCUCUUGUUGAACACACCAAAAAAGUUUUGGUUAUUGAGGAUGGCGAAGUAGUUCAUCUUAAGGAUGGAGGGUUGUCAAUCUUAAAAUUUGAGAAUGACAAGGGAAGACGUGACGGUGCCCUUUCUAGACCUGCAUCUGUGCAACGCGCAUUAUCACUUCUUGAGAUGGAGGUUGAACAGAUAAAUAAAGGGCAUUAUGCGCAUUACAUGCAGAAAGAAAUUCAUGAGCAGCCAGAAUCUUUGAUAACCACCAUGAGGGGAAGGCUUUUGCGUGGAGGUUCCUCCAAAGCCAAGUCUGUUCUUCUGGGUGGAUUAAAGGAUCACCUUAAAACAAUCAGGCGAAGUCGGCGGAUUGUUUUCAUUGGUUGUGGUACAAGUUAUAAUGCUGCUCUUGCUGCAAGACCCAUCUUGGAAGAACUUUCUGGUAUCCCUGUCACUAUGGAAAUUGCUAGUGAUUUACUGGAUAGGCAAGGGCCUAUAUACAGAGAAGAUACAACAGUAUUUGUCAGUCAGUCUGGUGAAACUGCUGAUACAUUACUCGCUUUGGAGUAUGCUUUAGAAAAUGGUGCAUUAUGUGUUGGCAUAACAAAUACUGUUGGCAGUGCUAUAGCUAGGAAUACACACUGCGGUGUUCAUAUAAAUGCUGGUGCUGAAAUAGGUGUUGCAAGUACCAAGGCAUACACGAGUCAAAUAGUAGUGAUGGCCAUGUUAGCUUUAGCUAUUGGCAGCGAUACAAUCUCUAGUCAAGCAAGAAGAGAGGCUAUCAUAGAUGGCCUAUUUGACUUGCCAAACAAAGUAAGAGAGGUACUUAAGCUUGAUAUGGAAAUGAAGGAUCUUGCAAAGUCAUUGAUUGAUGAGCAGUCACUUCUUGUGUUCGGAAGAGGGUACAACUAUGCGACAGCAUUGGAGGGUGCUUUAAAAGUGAAAGAAGUAGCACUUAUGCAUAGCGAAGGGAUGCUUGCGGGAGAGAUGAAACAUGGUCCUCUGGCACUAGUUGACGAGAACCUUCCAAUCUUUGUUGUUGCUACUCGUGAUGCUUGCUUUAGCAAGCAACAGUCAGUCAUUCAGCAACUUCACGCUCGUAAAGGUCGCCUAAUAGUGAUGUGUUCAAAAGGUGAUGCUGCAGCUGUAUGUCCCGGGGUGUCUUGUCGGGCAAUCGAAGUUCCUCAACUGGAAGAUUGUCUUCAACCUGUAGUUAAUAUUAUUCCCUUACAGUUACUGGCAUAUCAUCUCACCGUGCUAAGGGGUUAUAAUGUGGAUCAGCCCCGGAAUCUUGCAAAGAGUGUGACGACUCAGUAAAGGCUUGCUGCUACUUGAGAGGGUUUCUUCCUCUUUGAUUCUCAUCUAACAAAUGGUGGUGCUCCUCUUGGCUAUUAUCAGAGAUGAACUUUAAGAGUUGGUACUCCGUAAAUUUGUAACCCCUGGUGUAAAACCGGAACACCUCUGCAACUGGUGAAUUAUUAUGAUCCCAUCUCUAACGUAAUUAAUGUAUGAUUUAUUUUCUACUUUUAGUGCUAAUUCGAGUCUUGAUGUAAUGUUAGAAUAGGCA